AUGGCACCCGAAAGGGUAGCAAGUCUUCUCCGUUCGCGAUCGAUGAAAUCAUCUCUUCCUUCUCCUCCACGCGCACUUCCACCACCUACCCUCCUGUCGAAAGUCUGCUCGAGCGAUGGUGGCUUGAUUGUUCUUCGGUACGAAGAGGCCAUUGCUGCGAAACCGCCUAUCGCUGUCACGGUCGCACCACCGCGUCUCCCUCCCCAGGAUACCCAUCCCGCGUUGCGCACUCGAUCAGAGACCGUUCAAGACGACAAGAAGAGAGAUUCGGGCUUGGCAGCCACCACGUCGUCCAAGUCGACGGAAGGAAGCGUUACGACGGAAGAGGACAAUGUGUUGGGAUUUACAGGAAUAUCGAUAGAUUUCAAUAAAAUCAUGGCGACGGCCGUCCAGGCGCAACCGGUCGCAUCGCAAAUCGAGGACGCGCCGAAUCCUCUUGCAUCGCCCACCACACCCACGACAGGAAAGACCGCGGCGCAGACAGGAAAUUUCUGGAGGAGACAGAGUUCGAAGAAGGGUUCGUCGGAACCUACGAUUCCCACGACACCAGUGAGGGAAGAUAAGACCAGCGACGAGGAAUUCUCGCCCAUAACCACACCUAUACCGACAGAGAGUUUGUUAGACGAAGAUUUCCUAAAUCAAUUGAGCUUCUCGAAGCGAGGAAGUAUUAUGCUAGGAGGAAAAAAGGCAGUGAAUGGACAUUUACGCCAAAACGGCGGUCGAAGACAACCCAGUUUCUCAAUGCUAGCCACUCCGUCUGUCAAGCUGUUGCCGGACGAUAUCGAGAAGGAGUCGCAAAAGGUGAGAUCUAUGUACGAGCAAGAUUACGACUGGCGGGAAGGAGGCAUAUCUCUUGGAUUGGAUGCUCAAAUUGCGCAAAUCAAAGCAGAAGUAGUACCUAUGCCAUCUAUCAGUCAAUCAACCCCAAACAUACAAGCAUUAUACGCGCGUCCCGACAGUGAUUUCUCAGCUCGGAGCGAUAGAACAACACAUGAACGCGCUGGAGGGAUCGAAGAUUGGGAGGACGUCAAUGGGAAAGAUGUCGACAGAUAUGGGUUCAUAAAUCUGCGUCGGAAUUCAAGACCAGGAACGCCAGAGCCACGGCCGCCGCAAAGAGUAUCUACUAUCCUGAUGAUGGCAUCUGAAACCCCGAGGAAGAGACGAUUCGGCAGGUCAUCAUCUGUCGCUUCCAGGCCCGCGAAAGCAAACUUUCUUCAUGGGCCGAACAGAAAGGUCUCUGCUAGGUCAUUAAACACUCAGGAAUCAACCAAUUCGGGCCGGAGUAGUAGUAGGUCGCAAUUCCGUGCGGCUGCCAACCGACUUCCAGGCAACAAAGACAGACGUUGGAUGGAAGAAGCAGGUGAUAUGCUCACUCUACCACCUGGACUAGCUGAUAUCGCUGAGGACGAAGAAGGUGGGAAGGCUGUGGAAGGCAUGAAGAAGAAAGAGUUUGAACGAACUGAGAAGUGGAGGAAGAUGGCCAAAAUUGUCAAGACUGGCAAGGAUGGAGAGGGCAUGGAAUUUCAGUUCGAUACACGAAGCCCAAAGCUUAUAGAGAGAACCUGGAAGGGUAUUCCGGAUCGAUGGAGAGCGGCUGCGUGGCAUUCGUUUCUGAUGACAUCUGCGAAGAAGCGCGGAGGCUACGUACCUGACGAGGACAUUAAGGCUGCGUUUUACAAACUACUAAAGCAAAGCUCUGCGGAUGAUGUUCAGAUUGAUCUUGACGUUCCCAGGACCAUCAACAGCCACAUCAUGUUCAGGAAAAGGUAUCGAGGCGGGCAACGACUGCUAUUUCGUGUACUCCACGCUCUAUCUUUAUAUUUCCCGGAGACUGGUUAUGUUCAAGGCAUGGCAUCUUUGGCAGCUACUUUGCUGUGUUACUAUGACGAGGAGAUGGCUUUUGUCAUGUUAGCGAGGAUGUGGACAUUACGAGGACUUAACAAGCUCUAUGAGCAUGGGUUUCCUGGGCUGAUGGCUGCGCUGGAUGAGUUUCAGAAGUCAUGGUUGAAGGGCCGUGAAGUGACGAAGAAGCUUGAUGAACUUCUCAUCGAGCCAACUGCCUACGGAACGCGCUGGUAUCUCACACUAUUCAACUACUCGAUUCCCUUCCCAGCCCAACUUCGCGUCUGGGAUGUUUUCAUGCUACUCGGCGACUCGGACCCCUCAAUACCCGUGACUGGGGAACGGCCCUUUGCAGGCGGUCUCGACAUCUUACACGCCACUUCCGCCGCUCUCAUCGACGGCACUCGCGAAAUCCUCCUCGACAGCGACUUCGAAAACGCCAUGAAAAUCCUCACCAGCUGGAUCCCCGUCAAAGACGAGGAGUUACUUAUGAAAGUCACGAAAGCGGAAUGGAAAUUAUCGCGCAAGCGAAAACAUUAA